CUUAGCGUAGAUGGCACGCACCGUAUAUAUAUGCGGCGUACACACGCUCAAUAGGGGAUUGGCUUAUGGUUCCAGUGUGUGCUGUGUAUAUUGCACAGUAGGGAAGAAAGUGCCGGUUGCACUACUAUAAGCCACACACACACAAUGUGUCAGAUUAGUUGGCUGGCUGGCGAUUGCAGCAACAACAUAUCCAGUAGCGGAAGAGAACAAAUUAAAAUAUACUUGCAUUUACAUAAAAUCCUCACCCAAAGCCCGCACAUGGAGGAAAUGAUCCCCGGCACACAUAUAUACACACACACAUGAUGGCCCAAAUUGCUAAUCUGAUCCUGUUUUUAUCUUGUUGAACGGAAUAUACGCGCACCCCUCGUUACUGCCUGUACGUAACCUUUAACCUGCCAUUGUUAUAGACGGGAUCAACUCUUGAAUCAUACAGCUUGUUAAUAUCGGUCACUAUGAUGCGCCGGUGGGUGUUGUAUGUAUAUACGUGUCUAUGUGUGUGGACAGUUGCGACAUGAUCCAAGAAAUUAGUUACCCGGAACAUAUGGAGCCGUUGGAUGUGCUGCCGAUUGCUUAAAACAACCAAACAUCGGCGAUCAUGUUUGCACUGCAGCUGGAAGGAGAGGAAAUUCAUUUCCCGUUUGUUUAGCAAUUAAACGCGGACACAGUUGUGUGCAUAUAUAUAUAUUCUGCAUAUAUGUGUGGGAAGCCGGGCGCCAGGGUCGCCGCGCGCAACAGUGCACACGCUACAUUGGGUAGUAGUACGCCAACCCAUGGUCGACAUUAUUAAUGGAUAACGACAAAUUACUCUACUGUACUCUCCCGUUGGAUAAUUCAUCCGUGGCCAGCAAUGAGACGCGCUCCGCCGAUGAUAUUGCCGUGGAGAAGGUGGAACGUAUUCUCUACGGGAUUCUGAUGCCCAUCCUAUCCGGUCUGGGCAUCAUCGGCAACAUCCUUAAUCUGGUGGUAUUAACACGGCCCAAUCUGAUGAAGAUCAUCACCUACACCUACUUCCGUGCCAUGGCCAUCUCGGAUUUGCUGACCAUGAUUAUGGUCAUACCCUUUGUGGCCGAACUGAGCGGUGCCGCCUUUCCCGGUUAUACCGGCAACCUCUUCCACGCCCACGUUCUCCUGCCGUGCCUCAAUGCCCUCGUGGGCAGCAGUGUACUGUGCAUUGUAGCGGUGACCUUUGAACGCUGGCUGUCCAUUUGUCAUCCCAUGCAUGCCAAGAAUAUUCAGAGUCCGCUGCGUGCCAAAAUCAUCAUCGCGGCCGGAUGGGUGAUAUCGUUUGCCCUGUAUUUGCCCUAUUGCUUCCGGAAGUCGGUACAGAUUUGCCAUCAUCCGCUGCACGGUGGUACCGGCUAUGUGAUUGUGGAGGAUGAGGCCUUUACACACAGCCGUGGUUAUGUGGUGUACGGAUGGGUGAGGGAGACCGUUCUCCGAUUACUUCCGAUGGCCAUUCUGGCUGUACUUAAUCUACGUAUUGUCCUGGCGCUAAGGAAAGUCCAGAGUCGUAGGAGGAAAUUAAAAGGUUCGACCAUAGGUGCUGGUUCAAAAAAGCGCAAAGAAUCUGAGCGCGCGAUUAGCAUUAACGAAGCCAACGAGACGAACCGACAGUCCAUCAGCAGUACACCCGCCGCAAAAGCCGAAUUCAAGCGCUUGCAGGAAGAACGCCGGUUAGUGCUGCUGCUGAUCGGCAUUGUGGUGAUGUUCUUUGUCUGCGUCACACCGGCCGCCAUCCUCCUCAUCAUACCGGUACGCGAUGAGGAUUUCGGGUUCGGACUGAAGCUGUUCCGGGCGUUUGCCAAUUUACUGGAACUGACCAACUACGCACUGAACUUUUACGUCUACGUCGGCUGCAGCAGUGACUUCCGGACGACGUUCGCCAAUGUAUUCUGUUCACCGUGGACCAAGCGGAUGUACAACAAUGGGGAUAUGUUUGAGCGAUCGGUAAUGAUGUCAAAAGCCCCAUUGACGACAGCCGGAGAUCGGAGUCGGAAGAGCACCAUCGAUAUGACGGGCCCGAUGGAUCAUCCGGACAACAACAACGUUAACCGCCUACGCCGUCCAUCCGUGGACACUAACCAUGCCAACCAUCAUACCGGAUACGAAAAGGUCAUCACCAUUACCACGGCUAAUACCGACGGGCAGCAUGAGCGACAGGAGCUGCUGAAAGUUGAGGAAGUUUGUGUUUGAUGUGUUGAACAGCAUUAUAGUUUAAUAUAAGCCGGGCGCCGUGGUUGUAAUACUAGAAAUUACUUUCGACGCUGCCAUACAAUGCGCUGGAAUUAGCCAGCAUCUGUAUCAAUGCGCUCGAGUUGCGAUGUCUGUGAUGAUGUAUCAGUUUGAUGUUUUUUUCUGACUAAGCAAGAAAUUCUGACGAUCAUGCAUCAACAAUGAAUUAUUCACACAUGUACAGCUGUUAGAGAUACACAGCAUACAUUUUUGGGAUGUUGAUGUUGUUGAGAUGUUGAACUUUAUAGAUGAUUGGCA